AUGCCUGCUGGUGCUCCUGGAUCGAGCUCGCGUGGCCGCGGCGGCAAGUUCCGAAAAUUCACCAGAGGAGGCAAGUUCAACCACUACGUCCGACACUUCUCCCGCAAUCUCCAGCCUAUCGACUCCGAGGGCAAUGCGGUGAGCAUGUGGGGUGACGACGCCCAGGUCAACAGCGAGGAAGACGAGUCCGAGGAGUCGUCCGAAGAGGAGUCCGAGGAGGAAGACGAGAGCAAGCCGGCCGCCCAACUAGCCGCCGAGGCCGCCAACCGCGAAGACCGGAAAGCGCAGAAGAAGGCCCGGAAAGAGGCCGCGAUAGCCAAGCAGAAGAGCCGCCAGGUCGAGGUCGGCGACAUGCCCUCUUCAAGCGACGAGGAGAGCGACUUGGACCUGCCCGCCAACCCGAACCACUCUUCCUCGGCCCGCAAGCAGGCCUCCAAGGCCGCCGCGGACGUCGACGCCAUCACCGAGGGCGUCAAGAAGCUGCCUGCCAGCCGGCGCGAGAGGGAAGCGGCCGAGGCGGCGGCCGCCAAGGAGAGGUACAUGAAGCUGCAUGCCGAGGGCAAGACGGACGAGGCCAAGGCGGAUAUUGCCCGCCUCAAGGCCAUCCGUGCACAGCGCGAGGCUGAUGCCGCUAGGAGACAGGCUGAGAAGGAAGAGAAGGAAGAGCGGGAGAGAGAGCGGAGGGCCGAAAUCGAAGCCAGAGAGGCCAAGCUGCGAGCGGCGGCCCUUGGCCCGAAGAAGGCCAGCAAAAAGAAAUAA